AUGAAACAGUUCACAAGAGACUCACCGACAACACAUCACACAGCCAACUCUUACAACCAGUCGUUAUUGCUCUUACCGAAUUAGCCACUCACGGAGUCAACCAAAAGGCUUUGA